GCAGCAGCCUCCACACACACACACUAACACUGAGAUGAAUCCGGCUGCUCUCUCAUCCCUCGGACACCUCCAAUCCAUUUCUCUAACAGAAGGAAGACGCUGCCAAACCCCAACUGCAACCAGUAUCUGGCAGGAGGAUUGUAAAUUAAAAAAAUAAAAAAGAAUCCAGAAACUAUGAGCGACGGUCCGGCAUGUGGAUCAGCUGCUGUGGCGCUCUGGCGGAUGGGAAGUUGUGAGUCAGAGCCGGAGGACUAGCAACUUUUAUAGACUUUCCAAGUCCACCGCCUGCAAGUAGCCAGCAGCCUCAAUAUAGACUUCUUCCUUUACUCAGGGAUUGUGCGUCUGGGAGAGCUCUGACAUUAAGACCAGUUGGGGUUUUUUAGGUUAUGUGUUGUCGAGGGCGUCUUGAAGCGACAGGGAAAUGGCAUUUCUGGUUUUUGUGGCUGACAAUGGAGAAUAAAUGAAAGGGACGUUUCGGGGGGAUUAAUUGACAGCACAACGACAGGCCUCUCAGAUGGAGAUGGAGAGUAUUACUGGACAACAGCCCUCUGAAAGUACAUGAAGAUUACUGAGCGGGGCACAUUAAGACAGACCACACAAACAGCAUUACUCACCUCCCAGAAUGCGGGAGAGGGACCUACAGAGCAUGUGCAGAAGGGCGCUGCUGCUGACCGUCUGUAUGGUGUCUCUCUGGGGACAACUGACCAGCGCAUCGUCACACAGAAGCCACAUAGUUCAUGUGAAAGCGGGAACCUGUGAGGUAAUUGCUGCACACCGGUGCUGCAACAAGAACAAGAUCGAAGAGAGAUCCCAGACUGUCAAAUGCUCCUGCUUCCCUGGACAGGUGGCGGGAACAACAAGAGCGGCUCCAUCUUGUGUAGACGCCUCCAUAGUUGCACAGAAGUGGUGGUGCCAGAUGCAUCCCUGCAUGGAUGGGGAAGAGUGUAAAGUGCUGCCAGAUCUCAAAGGAUGGAGCUGCAGUACAGGAAACAAGGUUAAGACAACCAAGGUCACACGAUAGUUGUCUGUUUCCAGGAUAACCUUGAUUGGAACCAGACGUUGCUUCUUUGACCAACACCGUAGGACAUUUGGAUAUCAUGUGUUUUGAGGAUUGGUGGAAACCAGGGACCAACAAGGACAAUAAUCACGGACAUUCCACUGAACGAAUGGAAGAAAAGGACCAUGGAGCAUCAUAUAAGACUACAUAUCCAAAAAGAUUCCUGACUUUAGAUCCAGCAUCAACAGUAGCUGUCUCUGAACUCUACUGCCCACCAAAUCUCUCUUUGUAUUAUAGUUUUAUUCCUAUGGACUAGAAGACUCAACCAUGAAGAUAUUUAUUGACUAAAAGACUGUGGAUUACACCAGAAAAAAAAAAAAAUCACCCUAAGACAAAACCAUGUGAUGUGAAACUUUUGUGUUAUUUUCUUGCCACAGGACUCUUGAUGCAUAUCUGUGUUGAAGAUCUAGUGAGAUCAUGAGCAUUUUCAUUCCUUUUAGCCUUAUGCAGCAGAUAUCUCCUCUGUUUCUCUUUUUGUUGAUUUAAUACUUUUAAGUGUUUGGCUUUCUUAAGUUUGUUAGGAUGUCAUGUCUUAUUUUUAAAGACAAAAGACAAUGCCACAACUAUAAAACCCAGAAAAAAUGUAAUGAUGUUUGACUACAGGUCACCAAGGGUCAACACAGCUGAGUUCUGCCAAAUGUUUUAAUGGUAUCUGUUGUUUUUGAAGCCUGGUGACUACCAUUGAUUACAAAUGUCGAUAUUAUCUCAAUAAACCUAACCCAAUGGA